UUGGGAUUUUGAAGAAGAACAACGCGGAAAUAGCACGACGCCCUGUCUGUCUUUGACACACCAACCCCCCUUCCGUUAGGUGCCCUUCUUUCCUCAUUCCACACAAUAUGCUACGGGGACUUCUUCUUGUCCUCAUACACACAGUACACACCACACUUUAGCCCACAACUCUGCCACUGAUUGUGAGACUUGAAUAACUCUUUCAUGUUUAAUUGGGGCGAUUGCCUUCAACUCUCUCUCAAUUUGCUCUUGAAUCCCAAAAACCACAAUCGCAUUGGCCAACAAAACUCUUCUGUUUUUAAUCCCAUUUCUUCCACGAAUGGGAAUUUUCCUCUUGCACCAACACAAAACUCUUAACAAUAAAAUUUCACAAAUUAAAAUAAUAUUCUAAUCGAACUAUGUAGUGCUAUAUAUAUAUUACAGUGAUUAAUAUAUAAAACAUAUUGUUUUAUUUCUCCCCAUAAAAGUUAACUUCAUUUUGUGAACUCUUCAAGUCAGUGGGUGCUUAAAGUGCAAGAACAUCAACAAAUGAAAUAGAAAGAAAAAUUAGAAAAAAAAACCAAAUUGUUAUGGAUUAAAAAGGACCCACAGAGUGGAUUAAAAGAUCAACGAAAUGGAGUCCAAAAUGGAUGAAUUAAUAAAGUCAACAAAACGAAAGACAACAGCAAUUGAUCAAGAAUUCUCGCAAGUAAUAACUCAACGGCAACAACAAUCAGUGACAUCAUCGGUACAAAUUUCCAAAAAUUUUCACUCUGUGCAAAAUAAUCAUCAUGAAGCUGUGAGCUCCAGUGAAAUCACACAGAUCAACGACAUUUUGGUUGUGAAUAAAAAUUAUUCAGCCGAAGGUGAAGGAUCCAUUUCACUGAAGCGCGGUGAUCUUGUUGAAAUAAUUCGCACAGGAACGAAUGACGAAUCAUCAAGCAAACGACAGAGAUUGGAUCCAGAACUAGAUGUGGGUCAGAGUGGAGAGUUGCUUGAUAAUUCAGUGGCAAAGCACAAGUUGUCGGUGAAGCCAAAGAAGAAUCACUUAAGUAGUCAUCAGAGGAGUGUUAGUCCUCAACCAAAGCGUCCUGAUCCCAAACCUGAUGAAAAGUGGUUUGUGAGAAUUUUCGAUGGCAGUGAAAGUCCACGCGAAGGAUGGAUACCUGCUGCAAUUCUUGAUCUACAGAACACAGAUAAGGCCAUCUACGGCGACAAAUCGGAUGAUGCUGCCUACAGGAGGGAGGCUGUCGUUCGUGAACUUGUGGAGACUGAGGAGGAAUUUGGCAAAGAUUUACAGGCUGUCGUCAAUCGUUACAUGAAAUUGGUUGAUAACCCAUCAACACCACGCAUCAUACGUGACAAUAAAGACGUCAUUUUUGGGAAUUUCAAGCAAAUUGCCGACUUUCACAACACCGUCCUCAUUGAGGGUGUCAAGUACUAUGCUAAUCAACCGAAUAUGAUUGGCAAAACCUUCCUGAGGCUCGAGAGGGAUUUCGACAAGCAUGCUGCCUACUGUCGCGAUGAGCCCAAUGCACAGGAAUUUCUUGCAAGUAACAAUACCGUUCGGGAUUUCUUUGAGGAAUUGUCACAGAAAUUGGGUGACGAUAAAACCCUUGCGGAGCAUCUGCAGCUACCAAUUCAACGAAUCAACGACUACCAACUACUUCUCAAGGAGUUGGUAAAGUACUCACAGAAAUUGGGAGAUAACGUCUCCGAUCUUCAGAAGGCCCUCGAGUUGAUGCUAAAUAUCCCCCAUCAGGCGAUUGAUAGUAAAUUUAUCGCUAGCAUCGAGGGAUAUCGUGGGAAUAUCCACAAAUUGGGGCGUCUACUCACCCAUGAAUGGUGGACUGUUGCUGAUCGUGAAGGGAAACCAAAGGAGCGCUAUCUUUUCCUCUUUAAAGCCCGCAUACUCAUUUGCAAAGUUCGACGAAUCUCAGACGAUCGUUCGGUGUUUGUUCUCAAAGAUAUUGUUAAGCUUCCCGACGCUGAGAUCAAGGACUACGCGGACGUAGAUAAGUUUGAGCUACACCCAAAGACACCAGCAGCUGCGGCAGCAUCUUCACUUCCCCUAACUUUUCACGCUCACACAGGUGAGACAAAAGCCAGGUGGCUCAAGGAGAUACGUCUGUACGCCGCCGAUCAGGUGGCCCUACAGGAGCACGCUGCUGACGAUCUACGUAUCGAUCCGAAUCAGGUGCAUCAGGACACCGGACCCAUCCUCCGGUUGCCGCAUCGUAUUGAACCCAAUAACCCCGACGCAGGUGUUCGUCCAUCAGACGUUGCCAAAGACGUCUACCUCGCCAAGAAGGUUAAAGUCACCGAAGAAUCCGCCGCCGCCGCCACUAAAAGUGAAGCAGUUACAGUGCAGACAAAUCAUAAAGUUUCCCAAGAAUCCGUACUCAAAGAAGUUACGAGUGAGAGUGUUGUGAAUGACGUGAAAGAUCAACGUGCAAAAUCAGCUGAAAGAAAAUUACAACGUACCGGUGCCGUUGAGACAUCCACUGAGGAAGUAUCCGUGAUUAAGACUGAUAAUCGUGCGGUAAUUGAGGAGUGUAAUAAAGAAAAUCAACCUCCGGAGAAGAUAAAAAUUAAGAGUGGUGAAAAGAGUGCUGAUGAACCACCAAAUAAGCAAAUAAAAACCGAAAAAUCUCCCGAAAAGAAAUCAUCCCCUGAAAAAGUAUCAAAGAUCCCCGUGAAAAAGGCGGAAAACCCAAAGGAAAACCCGAAAGAAAAUCCCAGUGAAGUGAAAGUAAGUGAAUCAAAGGGUGAGAAAGUAAAAGAAACCGUUGAAGUUCAAAAAGAAAAGGUAAAUCAGGGUAAAAGUGAAAAAGAGGCAGAGAAAGCAAAAUCUGUUGUGGAAGAAUCAAUAAAGGUUGAAAGUGCUGUGAAAAGUUCUGAAAAACCAAAAAGUGAAGCUGAGAAAGUUUCCAAAGUUCAAGAAGUUGAAAAGCCCAAAGUUGUUCAGGAAUCAGUUAAACCAGAAAGUGUAGCUAAAGUUCCUGAAAAACCAAAAGUUGUUCAGGAAUCAGUUAAACCAGAAAGUGUAGCUAAAGUUCCUGAAAACCCAAAAGUUGUUCAGGAAUCAGUUAAACCAGAAAGUGUAGCUAAAGUUCCUGAAAAGCCCAAAGUUGUUGAGGAAUCAGUUAAACCAGAAAGUGUAGCGAAAGUUCCUGAAAAACCGAAAGAAGUUCAAGAACCAGAGAAACCUAAAACCGUUCAGGAACCACCAACUAAGCCACAAAGUGUUGUGAAAGAAACAGACAAUCCAAAGAUUAUCGUUGAUUCACCAAAAGAACCCGAAAAGGAAGUUAAAGUUCACGAAGUAGAUAAACCAAAGGUUGAAACCAAAGAAUUCGAUAAGCCAAAGACUGAAGAGAGUGCAAAGAAACAGGAAACAGGUGCUAAUCCUAAGCCACAGGACAAUCCUAAACCACGAGAAGUAGCAAAAGGAAGUGACGAACGUGCAAAGGAUAAACCUUCUGUGACCUUUGACAAAGCAGCUGACGGUCAGGAUAAAUCAGAUAAAGGCGCUGGAUCUGAGUCAAGUAAGAAGGCAGUACCCCUGAGGAAAGUCCUUUCGAAACCCAUCGAAGAUCCCGAUCCACCAGAUCGCCGAGAACCCCCACACGGUGGUGGCGAUCGACAACCACCAACUACCAUAAUCCCCGAUUUCAAUCCACCACCCCCGCUAGUCUAUCACACAACCUUUGAGGUAUCCCUGCAUAAGGAACCCCUCCCACCACCUCCAGUCCCACCCACAAUCCAUCACAAGAUUGUAGUGCACACUGAAAGCUUAGAGCAGCGCACGGCUGAUUUUUUGAGUGGGAAAUGCCAAUUGGAUCCCGUCAAUUAUUCCCUCGAGGCGGCACAGAGUAAAUUGCGCGACAUCAAGAGUACUGUCCACAAGUCCAAAGACACAUCGGAUCGUGUCGAGACGACUGUGUGGAAAGCCAAGUGUGGAGUAUUCGAUAAAAUCCCCCCGCCACCACCCACACCAGAGCCACGACCAAAGGUCUACGACGUUGUGGAAGUUGUUGAGCAACCGGGAGAAUGUGCUAAGCUCCCCGAGGAACUCCAGAAGCAGUACGAUAUUACAAAGGAAUUACUAAUUGCAAAAGGUGAACAGAAAAUGGCAUCGAGAUACUCAAGUUCACGCCUAUCACGAAGGAGCCAAGUUAGCAGCUCGUAUCAGUCAUCUUAUGAAUCUAGUUCAAUGUCGUCCUCGUCUUCGGCUUAUGCAUCAUCGCGCCAGCAGAAUGCCAUCGGAAAUGAACAACAAAUAUCCAAUGGAACUGGCAUUAAGCCAAUCUUUAAGAAAACCAUGAAAGGGUGUAACAUCGAACCCGGCGAUAAGGCUGCUUUUGAAAUCCAGUUGGAAGGUGAACCAACAUCUGUGACAUGGUUGAAGGACAACAAGCCCUUGGACGAUCGUCUUGCGGAUCGCAUUAAGAAGGCAGAAUUACCCAAUAACACCCACAAGUUGGAGCUACAGCACUGCCGAGAGGAAGACAGUGGACUCUACACAGCAAGGGCCAAUAACGGUGGUGAAUCAGCAACUUGUAGUGCUCAAUUGAUUGUACAGAAAAUGUCAGCAGAAAAGAAAAAGGAAUUGGCUGAAGCGAAUGCUCCGGUUUUCUCAAUUCGUCUCAAGGAUACGGAAAUCCUCGAAAAUACCUUCCUACGUUUUAUGGUUAAAGUGAAGGGAGAUCCAUCGCCACAAGUUAAAUUCUCUAAGGAUGGCAAAAUAAUUCAAGAGGGUGAUGCUCGUGUUGAGAUUAAUAGAGAACGCGAAGAAGCUGGAUUCUAUGAAUUAAUUAUUGCUGAAGUUAGCAAGAAGGAUGCAGGACAUUACACAUGCACUGCAACGAAUAAAUUUGGAGAAGCAUCCUGCGAAGCUGUUGUUACUGUUUGUGAGGAUAAAGACAUCUUUGGAGAAUUAUCCGGAGGUAUUUUGCCACAAGGUGAAAAGCCUUCAUUCUCGUGGAAGCGAAAUGGCCAGCCAUUUGAUCCGGAGGAGCGUUUUAAGGUACUCCUUGGUGACGAUGAGGAUUCCCUGGCCCUUGUCUUCCAGCACGUAAAGCCCGAGGAUGCAGGGAUUUACACUUGUGUGGCACAAACAAGCACCGGAAAUAUCUCAUGUAGUGCCGAAUUGACUGUUCAGGGUGCUGUGCAGCAACUUGUGCGUGAACCCGAGAAGCCGCAAUUGAUUGUUGAGCACCGUGAACCAGUUGCCUCAAUUGGUGGAUCGGCAAUGCUGGAACUUCACUGCAAGGGCUACCCAAAGCCCGAAAUUCUCUGGAAGCACGACGGGAAGGUCAUUGAACCGAGUGGAAAGUACAAAUUCCUGUACGAAGACUCCGAGAGUAUGUCUCUUAUUGUGAAGAAUGUCACCACGGAAGAUGCUGGCUUCUACACCAUUACGGCAUCCAAUGAAUUGGGUGUGGAUAUGGCAGAAAUGAAUUUAGUUGUCAAGACACCACCGAGAAUUAAGAAGCCCUCUGAUUUCACCUGCAUGGCUGAUGAGGUAUUCAAGAUGGGUGUUGAAGUUGAGGGUGUCCCAUCGCCUACGUGCAAAUUCUUCAAGGAGGGCAAGGAAAUCUACGAAACAGAGCGUGUUAAAUUCACCAGCAGCAAUGGAACACAUAGCAUUGAAUUCUACAAUGCUACCCUGAAGGAUAGCGGGGCGUACUCUGUGAUUGCAACGAAUGAAGUGAGUCAAACAUCGGAAUUCUGGAGUCUCACUGUUAACUCCCCGCCGAAGGUAACGAAGAAACUCGGCGAGCAAAUAAUUGUGGGUGAGAAGGAGGAUAUUGUCCUCACGGUACGCACGGACUCCUACCCUCCGCCAACGGUGAAAUGGCUCAAGGAUGGCAAAGAGCUCAAUAUGAAGGACUCACGCGUGCGUGUCCUCACCGAAGGGGAUGUCCACACACUCAUCAUUAGCGGAGCCUGCCGUACGGAUGCAGCUCGCUACGGGGUUGAAUUGGUCAAUCAACACGGCACAAUUCGCGAUGAGACGAAUGUUGAUGUGAAGUGUGGCCCACAGUUCAAGCAGAAGCUCAAGGAUAUCACGGUAAAUGAAGGUGACAGGGACAUUGAGUUAGCUGUGAGUGUUGAGGGCUUCCCCAAGCCAACAAUUCAGUGGUACAUUGACAGCACUGAAAUUUCCACAACACGCAAUGAGUAUCGUCGCGUGGAGGAGGGUGAGAAUUUCAAGCUAAUCAUCAAUGAGAUUACAACGGAGAUGAAGGGAAAAUAUUCAUGUGUGGUGAAGAAUGAAUUUGGCAGUGAUGAAACUGUUGCCAAUGUUACGGUUCAGUGCAAGCCAAAGCUCAAGAAGAAGCUAAAGGACACCGAAGUCAAUGCUGGGGACAAUCUUACGCUUGAAGUGGAAAUUUAUGCUGUGCCCGAACCUAAAGUUGUUUGGUACAAAGAUGGUCAGGAGGUGCGUGCUGAUGCAAGAAUUAAAAUCUCACGGGACACACAGAGACUUGAAAGCUACUGGUUAACCCUGAAUUUGGUUAAGGAACAAGAUGCUGGUGAAUAUGAGGUCAAAGUGUCCAAUCCACUGGGCAUUGUUGAGACCAGAAGUCAAGUGACCGUCAUUAACAGGGAGGAGGAUUUAGGCAAUAACAUGCAUUUGAAGCAGAAACAAAUUAUUCUGGAGGAAGAAACAGUUGAGAUGCAAGAAGUGGAAGGAGAACAAGAACCACCCAAAAAGUUGCACGUUAAACAGGAAGAGGAAAGGACAUUUAAGACUAGUCCUGAAUUGUCCAAACAAACCCUCACUGAAUGUGUCAAAGUUGGUGAAUCCGGGGAAACUGUACGGAUAUCCGUGCUAACGGAGGAAAGUCGCGAGGCAACGGUAUCAGGUCCAGAAGAAGCGCAUACAAUACAUAAAAUGCGCGCAACAACGGUGAUUAUGGAGGAGGAUAGUUCAAUGGAAGAGCCAACAGUUACAAACAUCCUCGCACCAAAUCGUCCACAUGCAACGUCACUUCAAGUUGAAGAAAUCGGCAGUUUCACCUUCACAAGUCACGAUGAAUCCAUCACGUAUCAGACCACAGAUGCAUCGGGGAAAGUUCAGCAUGGUGUCAUUGAGGAAGGUGAAUCCGAUGGGGAAGUUAGCAUUGCACACAAGAAAAUUGCCUCACGUGGUGUGUCAAUUGUGUCAGCAUCUGAGGAUGAGAGUAGCUUCCGCAGUGGGAUGCUCUCCCGGGAGGUGUCCAUUGAUGAGGUCCAAAAGGAGAUGGUGCUGGAUGAGGGAGCGGUUAGAAUUCAAAUUUCCGAACGGAAAUCCGAAAGUUUGGAAACCUUCGUUGGGGAAAUGGAAACAGCGGAAAAUCGUGAAUUUGAUGGUGCCGGAAAGGGUAAGAAAGUCACCAAGACGACUGAUGUUGGUGCUGAGGUUGAUGCAAGGAGGAAACGUGGGAAACUCAUGGAGGCAGCUGAAGCUGAAGAACAUGCCGAAGAUGAAGGAAAUCGCAAGAAAACAGCAAAUGAGACUGAUGAACGAGCGAAACCACGACGUGGAACAUUAAUUGCAACCGUUGAGGAUGACAUGAAUGGGGAUGAUGAUGUCUUUGCGAUGCAUCAAGCAAAGGAAGAGGACAAUGCAGUUGAGAGUAAAACCAUUAAGCUACUGAAGAAGGAAAAACUAACCGAAGGAACGGAAUCUGAUAGCCUUAAACUGAAAAUCAAAGACAUUGCCGAAGAUGACGAUGGUAGGAGGCAAAAAGGAAGGCAAAAUGAGGUACAAGAAGCAAAAUUUGCCGAUGAGGAUCACAGGAAGAACCUCAAGAAUGUCGAAGAAGACGAUUCCGGAGAUAGGGCCGUUGAUGAAUUGCUGAAGAGAGUGGAGAGACAGAGAAGUGCCUUAGGGGAAAUUCUCGAUAAGCAGCAGGAAAUAAAGCAAGAAGCUGUUCCUGAAAUUCUUAGUAGUGACAUUAAGGAUCACACUGUGUAUGAAUCUCUUCCGAUCUCAUAUGAGAUCCAAGCUCGUGGUAUUCCGGAGCCAGAGGCAAAUUGGAUGCAUGAAGGGAAGUACGUCAAGGAAGAUGGGAAUCGUGUGAAGAUCACAAAGGAUGGCGAAAAAUUCAAAUUGAACAUAACAGAGGUGAAAAUGGAAGAUCAAGGAGAAUAUAAGGUUGUAAUUCACAAUAAAUUGGGCGAGAAGGCACAACAAGCCGUUCUCACGGUUAUCCCUGUUGCUGAACUUCGUAAGCCAAUUUGCUUGUCACCCUUGAAGGAUAUUGACGCCAGAAAGGAUGAAUUUGUCUCCUUUACAACAACCAUAACGGCUGAUCCACUUCCCGAAGUAACUUGGUGCAAGAAUGGCAAGGAGAUCACAUCUGAUGGAUUUAUUGAGAUUAAAUCCCAUGUGAAGGAACUCGAGCAUGGCCUGAAGGAGAUUACUUACUCCCUCAAUAUCCCAACAGCCCGUCAUACGGACACAGGAGACUACGCAAUAAAGGUGAAAAACAAGUAUGGGUAUGCUGAGGCAAGUGCCCACCUUGAAGUCUACCUUAAACCCGAGAUUAAAGGACUCAAAGAUCAAGCAGCAGAACCCUACGAUGAGAUUACCUUUGAAUGCAUCAUCCAUGCUAACCCAAGGCCAAAAGUUGUGUGGACAAAGAAUGGGCAGAAUCUCUGCAAUAAUGAUAAUUUUGAAGUAAUUGCAGACGUUGAGAGGGAAACGUACAAAUUGAUUGUAAAAUCAGCCAUACCUGAAGAAGGUGGCUCGUACACCCUAACUGCCAGCAAUAGUGAAGGAGAAACUCAAGUUUAUGCUCAAUUGAAUCUUCAUGUCGAAAAGCCAACCUUUAUUAAACUCCCCGAAGAUCAGAGCGUACACGAUUUUGCCGAGGUGAUCACUAAGGUCCGUGCUCAGGGUGUUCCCAAGCCGGAGAUUAAAUGGCUAAAAGACGGUGAAGAGCUCAAUAUGAAUAAUCGGGACAGCCGACGUCCCAGGAUUCACGUUGAGACCACGAGUGAGACUCAAAUUGCCAGUGAUAUGACCAUUGAGCACUUUAGCGUGGAUCAUGCUGGUGAAUACACGGCCAUUGCGUACAAUGUUAGCGGGGAAACUGAAGCAAGAUUCAAGCUGGCAAUGCUCAACACUCCCCCAUCGCUCUUUAAGAAUCUCGAGCGUUUUGUCGAAGUGGACGAGGGGGAGAAGCUCCUCUUGAGCGCCAUUCUCAGCGGUAGUCCCAUCCCACAGGUGCAGUGGUACAAGGAUGGGGAGCGAUUGGAGCCAAGUGAACACGUGAAAAUGACCAACUUGCCAGAUGGAGCUGUAAAAUUAGAAAUAGAACAUGCACAACCAUCUGACUGUGGCGCCUACAAAUUGGUUAUUACCAAUGCUAAUGGCACGAGUGAUGCUCUCUGUGCUGUUGCUGUAAAUCCUGAACCCCGAAGACCAUCCUUCAUUAAGCCCCUUGGGGAUGUUAAUGUGGUUGCUGGGGAUGUCCUUAAGCUCGAAGCUGAGGUCAUUGGUUUUCCCGUGCCGGAAGUUCAGUGGUUCAAGGAUGGUGUACCAGUUCGUCUGUCGCCUGAAGUGAAUUUUGUCUGCCAACCAAAUGGAAUAAUUGGGCUAGUGAUUGAUUGUGCACGCCCUGAGGAUGCAGGCGUGUACACUGUGAGGGUGAUGAAUAAAUUGGGUGAAGCCGAGGGGAAAGCGCACGCGGGCGUUGAGCCGAAACCCCAAAAACCCGGCUUUGUGGCUGAGCUCAAGGAUGCAAAGGGCGUUGAAGGUUUCCCCGUGACAAUGGACGUGAAAACCGUUGGGCAUCCAGCGCCAGAAAUUAAAUGGAUGCACAAUGGCGAAGAGAUUAGACCGAGUGAACACUUUAAGAUCACCCCAGGGCCCAAGGGAGCCUCAACCCUUGUCAUUGAUCACGUUGAACCUAAAGAUGCUGGGGAGUACAAGGUUGUUGCGACAAAUGACGAGGGCGCCGCAACGUCCAAAGCCAAUCUCUCGGUUAAGCCCAAAAUGGAUGAAGCUGAACCCGAAGAUGCCCCCAAGUUCCUCAAUAAAUUGCGCGAUGUUAAUGUCGACGAGGGGAAAUCCAUGAAACUCUCUGCACCAUUCACAUCAAAUCCCAUCCCGGAAAUUUACUGGACAAAGGAUGAUCAACCAAUUGUACCGAGUGAUCGGGUUCUCGUUACUUGCGAUGGCAAGAAUGUCGGAUUGGUGAUUAACCCGGUGGAGAUUACGGAUUCAGGCACCUACAAGUGCCUCCUUGCCAAUCCACUGGGUGAGGAUCAAUCUGAGAGUCAGGCCAGCGUGAGAAAAGUCUAUCAACGUCCACAAUUUACUCACAAGUUGAUUGAUUUGCAAGAAUUGCCAAAGAAUGAUGCCAAAUUCCCGUACAAAUUGUCCGGAAUCCCAGCUCCGGAUGUCACGUGGUACUUCAAUGAUAAUCCCAUUUCCGAUGGGCACAAGUAUAAGAUUAAAAGUGAAGGAGAUAUCGGAUGUUUGUACGUGAAGAAUUGCUCCCCAUCGGAUACGGGCGUGUACAAGUGUGUGGCAAGGAAUCGUGAAGGUCAAGAUAGUACUCAAGCACGUCUGGAUGUUGUGGAUAAGAUUGAACGACGUGAGAGAGCUGAACCACCGUCCUUCCUGAAGAGAAUUGGCGACACGGAAGUCUUCCUGGGGACAAAGGCAAAGUUCACAGCAUGCGCCAAUGGCUUCCCGGAGCCACAAGUUGAAUGGUAUCACGAUGGUAUUAAGCUCUUCCCAUCGGAGCGCGUGAAGAUCGAAGCGGAAGCUCAUGGGCUCCUCCGGCUGACAAUUGAUAAUGUCAAUGAGAAGGAUGUUGGGAAGUACAAAUGUCAGAUCUUCAAUCCACACGGAGAAGAUUACUGCACUGCUGAUCUCUUUAUUGAGACUCUGGAUGAUCAUGCGGGUAAGGGUGUGGGUGAUCAGUACAGUGAAUUUGACAAGCACAAACGCUCUGGGGCUCCUGUACCUCUUGCUGAUCGUCCCAUAAUCUCCAAGAUGACCGAUCGACGUCUCACACUGUCGUGGAGACCAUCAUUCCCAUCAACAGGACGUUUCCCCGUGACGUAUCAAGUGGAAAUGCUGGAACUACCCGACGGGGAUUGGUUCACCGUGCGCUCUGGCGUAAGGAAUUGUGCCUGUGAGAUUCGCAACUUGGAACCCUAUCGGGACUACAGAUUCCGCAUUCGUGUGGAGAGUAAGUACGGUGUGAGCGAUCCAAGCCCCUAUGCACAGACGUAUAGGCAGAAAUUGGAGCCGGAUCCACCAAAGUUCUAUCCAUACCUCAUGCCUGGCAUUGAUUUCCGCCCCAAGACAUCCCCACACUUCCCCAAGGACUUUGACAUUGAACGCCCACCACAUGAUGGCUAUGCCCAAGCACCCGUCUUCCUGCGGCAGGAACAUGACUGCCAGUAUGGGGUUAAGGGGCACAAUGUUAAUCUCUUUUGGUACGUGUAUGGGUAUCCAAAGCCCAAGAUGACGUACUACUUCAAUGGGGAAAUUAUUGAGCCUGGUGGUAGAUUCGAUUGGAGCUACACACGCAAUGGGCAGGCGACACUCUUCAUUAAUCGCAUGCUGGAUCGUGAUGUUGGCUUCUACGAGGCUGUGGCACGCAAUGAGCACGGGGAGGCACGGCAGAAGGUUAAAUUGGAAAUUGCCGAAUUCCCGCGAUUCAUCCAACGCCCCGAGGAGACGUACAUCAUGGCCAGGAAGCAUGGGCGCCUGGAGGCAAAGGUUACGGGUGUCCCAUACCCUGAGCUCAAAUGGUACAAAGAUUGGCAACCACUGGCUGAGAGUUCGCGCAUUAAGAUGCAAUUCUACGAACCCGACACAUGUGUUCUCCUCAUAAGUGAUGCCAUCUACAAGGAUGAAGGUCUCUACUCGCUGUCUGCACGUAAUGUAGCUGGAUCUGUCAGCUCAUCCGCAAUGAUUCACAUUGAUGACGAUGAAGAUGAAUACAUCUACCAUGCUCACGCACGACGUCCAUAUGUACGCUCAAGGCAGCGCCCGUAUGAGGAUGCAUACGAUAUUGGUGAUGAACUCGGACGGGGGACUCAGGGUAUCACCUACCAUGCCGUUGAGAGGGCAACAGGAAGGAAUUUUGCGGCCAAAAUUAUGCACGGAAAGGAUGAAUUGCGUGCUUUUAUGUUUAACGAAUUGGAAAUUAUGAAUUCGCUCAAUCAUAAGAAAUUAAUUCGUCUCCACGAUGCCUACGACACCAAUAGAUCCAUGACACUUGUAAUGGAGCUAGCUGGUGGUGGUGAGCUCGUCCGGGAUAAUAUGCUCAAGAGGAAUUGGUACACUGAACGUGAUGUUGCCACCUACAUUCAGCAACUUCUUCUUGGAUUGGAUCACAUGCACUCGUGCGGAAUAGCCCAUCUUGGACUCAAUAUUAAAGACCUCCUGAUUGCCCAUCCGGGAAGUGAUGAGUUGAAAGUUUGCGAUUUUGGCUUAUCCCGACGAAUUUUGGGCGGAAAGUUGGGGCCACUGGAGUACGGAAUGCCCGAAUAUGUAGCUCCGGAAGCUGUAAAUAUGGAGAAUGUCUCCUAUUGGUACGACAUGUGGUCCGUUGGUAUAAUAACCUACAUCCUCCUGAGUGGUUCAUCACCAUUCCGCGGGGACAAUGACCGGGAAACCCUAACGAAUGUCCAACAGGGUAAAUGGGAAUUCCGCGAGAGUGUAUGGAAGUACAUUUCGGAGGAAGGAAGGGACUUUAUCUCCAAACUCCUCAUCUACAUGGCUGAGAAGCGCAUGGAUGUGAAGACAGCCCUCAAACAUCCCUGGUUCAAUCUCAUUCAUCGCCGCACGGAUGAUGAGUAUCGCAUUAGUACGGAUAAAUUGCGUACGUAUCAGUAUCAAUUCCAGGAUUGGUACAAUAAUGCUUCCUGCCGCAAUUGGUACCGUCGACGACCACUUGCUGGUGCCUUUACGCAUCCCUCCAAAAUGGUCUAUCCACCAGGGGAAGUUUAUACUCCUGGCCCGACUCCGGACAGAGAAUCCAAAGUUAAAUCCAAACGUGGCCCAAUGGAGGAUUAUGUUGGACGAGAACCUGCUGAAUAUGAGUUGGGAAUGUUCCAAUCAGAGAGCCACUACCAAUAUGGACCAGAUACAUACUUGCUACAGCUUCGUGAUACAGAUUUCCCGGUGCGUUUGCGUGAAUACAUGAAGGUGGCUGUUCAUCGCUCUCCGGGAUUCUCAUACAAUCUCAGUGAGACGCAGUACGAUUGGUCCUUGCCGAUAAUUCGUGAACGUCGACGCUUUACGGACAUAAUGGAUGAGGAGAUUGACGAUGAGCGUCGUUCGCGGAUUAGUUCGUAUGGGUCCAAUGAUGGUUACAGCAUUCGACGGUUGAGAACGGAAAUUGGCUCUCGGCUGGAUUCGUACGUUGAGGCGGAUGCGCUGAUUGAGUCGAAGAAAAUGGGUCAUCCACCAUUCUUCCGGGAAAAGCCACAAAUUCUCGCAAUUACCGACAAUGAGCCAGCUCAGCUGCAAUGCUUUGCCGUGGGUGAUCCACGUCCCGUGGUGCAGUGGUUCAAGAAUGACAUGGUUCUCACUGAGAGUCGUCGUGUGAAGAUCAUAACGGACGAUGCGGGAAGAUCAAUUCUCAAACUACAGCCUGCCGUUAACUACGACGAGGGGAUCUACAAGGCUGUGGCGAGGAAUAAGGUUGGGCAGACAGUUGCACGCACAAGGGUUGUUGUGGCAACACUGCCAGACGCACCGGAUUCCCCCGAAGCAUCCAGCAUUAGUGACACAGAGAUCCUAUUGCGUUGGAAGCAACCGCGAGAUGAUGGGAACAGUUCAGUCCUGUGCUACAUGCUGCAGUACAAGUUGGCAAGUGAUGACACAUGGAGUACAAUUGCGGAUAACAUUGAUCAUGAAUUCUACCUCGUGCACGAUCUGGAGGAACGACAUAACUACCAAUUCCGCCUGGCAUCGAGGAAUAAGAUUGGUUGGAGUGAGAUGGGUAUCCCAACGCAAAUUAUUACAACACGCGAGGCAGGGGCACCCAAGGUAACUGUCACGCGUGCCAUGAAGCACCUACAGAAUAUGACAGAGGGUGGCCAGGAGAUCACGCCGGAGGAGAGUAGAGCCCACCUUGAUUAUCGCUUUGAACGUGAACCCAUUGAGUGGACAAAGGAGAAUAAUUUGAGUCAAUACUACAGCUUCAUCUCGGAAAUACAUCGUGGACAAUUUUCAAUUGUCGUGAAGGGUGUGGAAAAGUCCACGGAUCACGUUGUCGUGGCGAAGAUCUUUGAAUUGAAUGCCGAAACGGAGGCAGACAUUCAGCAUGAAUUCAAUCUCUUCCGUACGCUACGACAUGAGAGAAUUCCCGCCCUGCUGGCUGCCUUCCGACCACAAAACUCCCCAAUUGCCGUGUUGGUGCAGGAGAAGCUCCAAGGAGCCGAUAUUCUCACCUACAUGUCCAGCAGGCAUGAGUACAGUGAACAAGUUAUUGCCACAGUAGUCACGCAGAUUAUUGAUGCGCUGCAGUAUCUCCACUGGCGCGGCUACUGUCACCUCAACAUCCAACCGGAUAACAUUGUUAUGGCAUCCGUGCGUUCGGUCCAGAUAAAACUUGUGGACUUUGGUGCUGCUCAGAGGGUGUCGAAACUCGGUACAAGUUGCCCCGUGACCGGAUGGUUGGACUUCUCCGCACCGGAAAUGAUCAAUGAGGAACUAAUCUACCCACAGACAGACAUUUGGUCCGUUGGUAUCCUCACCUAUGUCCUCCUGUCGGGCGUAAGUCCCUUCCGGGGUGAGACUGAUGCUGAAACCCGCCAAAAUAUCACAUUCGUGCGCUAUCGCUUUGAGAAUCUCUUCAAGGAAGUCAGCCAGGAGGCCACGAGAUUCGUUAUGUUCCUCUUCAAACGUGGACCGAGCAAACGUCCCACGUGUGAGGAAACUCUUGAGCACAGAUGGCUCAUGGCGACGGAUUACAUGAAUAAGAAGCGAGAGAGGGCUGUUUUCCUUGGGAAUCGACUGAAGGACUUUUCGGAAGAAUAUCAUACAAUGAAGAUGAACGAAGCAAUGAAAUCCGACACAAUCAGCUCAUCCUUCAUGAGUGGUCCAUCUCCGAGGCAGCUCCUACGCUCUAACUCCAUUCAAGAAGAACUUUCAGCUGCCCUAUAGAAGAACAAAUAGAAAAUCCUAAACAAAAAAAAUCAUUUCAAUCCCAAAAAUUGAGCAGAAAUGAAGAUCAACCAAAGAGAAGAAGAAAAAACUAAGAAUUUAGAGCUAUUUUAGGUGCCCAAGGAUCAUCAAAAGUGGAUGGAAAUAACAAAGCUUUCUUUAAAAAAAAAUGUUAUUUAAAAAAAUCGGUGGAAGUGUUUUAUUUGAGGCGAUAUUGUUUACACAACAACACAGUGAUAAAGAUUUCAAUAAAUUGUUGUCGAAUUUU